AUGAAGCAAGCGUAUUUGGAAAUGGCAUUAGUCCUGAUUAGUAACGCCAACAAAUUCAGGCCUCCUAAGACUCCAGAAGUACCUUCGCGUUCCACAGACACACCAGCUCGCACCUCAGAGACCCCAUCAACCCCUGGCAAAGAACGGAAGAUGAGCAAGAAAGGAAGUGGGAAGGAAAAAGAUCGCAAAGAUAAAGAAUCACGAGAGAAAAACAAAGAGUUAGACAAGGAACUGAGAACCGCCUGGGCCGCCAUUCGGGCUGCCGGUAUCGUGUCCUCUGCGCAGUACAAAAUUGGUAUCCUAACGGGCGAUCCCGAAAUCACUGCGUUGAGGCUGUCGGAGAAAGCCGCCAGUUCAGUGCCAGGAUUCGCGCUGUUUGACCUUCUUGGUACAGAUGACGUCAUUAAAAGUGCCGAAGAUGGGGCUCUGGUAGCUCAGAAUGGAAUAGUCACUAUGGGAACCACCAUAAACAACUCCAAUCGCGUACAAGUUACGUGGCUUCAUCUGCUUGGCUAUUUGUCGGUACUACGUCGGCAGUGCUCGUAUGCAGCCCUCGGAGUGUACUCGGAAGCUGAGGAAGUGAUGAAUAGCAGCGCUGGAGUGCUGCCGUUGUUUAGUUCCAAUAAAGCUCUGAAACUCUCCAAGAUGCAUUCGUUUUUAAGUAACGAGUUGGGCCCUUAUGCAGUGGAGUGCUGUGGGGUUUACCCACCCGAGGUCUUGUCGAAUUACGGACCCUCUGUCACAGGAAUCCAGACUAUGGUUACCAAGCCUUUUCAGAUGGACAUGACAGAGGACACCUCGAAAAAGUCUGGUAAGAAUUAAUGAUUCCCAAAUUGUCAUUUUACCCCAAAAGCGGUGAGUCGCUUUUGCUAGUUUUUAGUGCUUUAUUUCGAACUUUGAUGACUCUUUUCCAAGCAAUCCAUGGGGCUAUGCUAUACUUGAUUUCGCUUUUAAAAAUGUGCUAGUUUAUUUUAGUUGCUCACUAUCAUCAGUGCUCGUUUACAGUGAUUGAUUUUGGAGACGCGGUGGCCGAGUGGUUAACACUGCGAACUUCGGACUCAAGCUUCCUGUCGCCUUGUUGCCUUAGACAAGAAACUUUGUUCCACUUUUUUCUCUCCGCUCAGGCCCCUGAACUUGGGUGACCCUGCAAUAGACUAGCAUCCCAUCCAGGGGGUAAAAAAAUAUCCGUAGGUGCUUCAUGUUAAUGAAACAGGGUAGUGCGCCCUUCCCCUACAAAAUACCGAUCGACUAAGUUAUUGUAUGGGUUCGUUUUUUUAGAAUUCGUAGACAAGUCAACCACGGCAAACGAUUUUGAAGUGUGCGUCCAGUGGUUCCAGCCGGAGCUCGAACGUGUGUUGUUAGAAGACCCCGAAGACACCCAAACACGGCAACCUGCUCUGUUUCUCAUUUACGCGUUUAACAACAAGGCACUGAACUUAACCUGUAACCCAGUCUACUCGACUGUUAAGGCUGGGCUUUGUCACGUGACUGAGGCUCGUGCCCAAACCUUUCACGAAAAGCUCAUGGCGACUUUGGAAAUCGCUGAGAAUGAUCUGGCGCCUAAUCCACAGCCUUCGCAAACGGCAGUAGGAACGACUGAACAGAACACUAAAGGUGAGUUGAAUGUAAGUUACCAUUUUUCAUCAGCUAACAACAAACAGGAACAUUCUGAAAACUGCUGAUCCUAGCAGAAUGUAUGAUCAGUGUGUCUCAUAAUUAAUUAUUAUCCUACCAAAAGACUUGUCCUCUUCAGUUACUCAGUGAGAUCGGCGCUAGCUAGGUGUUUCUUGUCUAAUUUAAACCGUAGACUGGGUAUGAGUCCGUUUAUUAUUGGAUAAACAACGUAAGAUCAACAAACUCAGAAAGAGGAAACCGAGGUUUGGCGUUUAUCGGGCCUAUAUUGAACGAGAUACAGCCAUUCAAAAACUGCCAGAAUUUACCAAGAAAUGUAUGAACGAGCGGCCAGUGUGUCAUCUAAAUUUUAUAGUUUUCAAGUUUUAUAAUGACGGUAUCUUGUUUGACAUUGGCUUGAUUAACACCAAACUUGAGAAUUUUCCUAACUUCAAUGUGCUAAGCUCUUUCUGGCUGUAUGGGUCUCGCGUUGUGUAUCCCAUAAUACACAGACUCAUACCCAGCCCUCCUCGGUUUGAAAUUAAGCGAUAAUCGAUUUCGUCCGACGUUCUCGCUUAUACUGACUAUGGACUGCCUAAGUUCCACACACAUUAUACUGUCACGUGACCCACUAAGGCAACAAGUCUUCCUUUUAAAUGCACUGCCUGUUCCUUACCUUUAAUCAGGUGCCUUCUGUACCAAAACAGUUUGUGUGUCUGAAAAGGUUGUUAACUUGUUUGUCCCCUAGCCCGCCCCGUGAGACAAGAAACCUCUCUGUUAACCGUUCCUGGAGCUUCAGAACAGAAAACGUCAACAACUACAGGGGCCACGCCACGUAAGAAGAAGAGCAUUGGGAUCCGGGCUCUUUCAGCUAAGCAGAGAAAGGACG